AUUGUUACUGGUUUCACACACAAACUAGGGAUUUAAAAGAGUUCACCGAUUCUCCGCCGUGUCCGUCCUUGGACAGACUUGCCCAUGUCUCUUUAUUUUCUUCAAUUCUGCAACUUUGAAGAAAUUUAGUUUUUUUCCUCUGGUUCGACUUUUUCUCUAGGUUUUUUCCAGUUUUGAGGGGAGCUUUUCGCUAUCUUCUCCUAAUUUUUUCUGCUAUUGGUGUGUUGAGCAAGGAGCUUCUGUAAAAUCCGUAGCCAUGUCGGUGACGGCGGGGGUUAGCGAUACAGUGAUUGCGGUUAGGGAUAAGCUUAGGGGUAAAAUCGGGCAGACGAAAGUUAAAAGGUAUUGGCCGGGAAAAGCUCCGGAGUGGGCGGACGACUACGAUGAAGGCGACGAUAUCCGGAUGACGCGGGCGGCCGCCCUCGAGAAAGCUUUCCCCAUCAAUGAGGGUUCCCACGUUACGCGGAAGGAUGAUCCUAGGUUGCGCCGUUUGGCCCAGAGUAGGAUUGAUAAUCGCGAUGAGGUUAGGGAAGAUCAUAGGAGGAUCAGGCAAGCAGAGAUUGUUUCGACGGUGGAGGAGGAGAGCAGGAGGCUGGAAGGGAUGGAUGUUGAGGAGGAGGACGAUGAGGCAUUGGAGGAAAGGAGGAGGAAGAUUAGGGAGAAGCUGCUGCAAAGGCAGCAAGAAGAGGCGGCGCUGCUGCCGGAGGAGGAGGAGGAGGAGGAAGGCGAGGAGGAAGAGGAGGAGGAGUCUGAGUAUGAGACUGAUUCGGAGGAAGAGACGACUGGCAUUGCCAUGGUGAAGCCAGUUUUUGUUCCAAAAUCAGAGAGGGAUACGAUUGCAGAGCGUGAGAGGCUGGAAGAAGAGGAGCGCGCACUUGAGGAGGAAGCAAAGAGGAGGAUUGAGGAAAGGAAGAGGGAAACAAAGGAGAUUGUGGUUGAGAAGAUUAAGGAGGAUCUUGAGAUUCAGAAGAAUAUAGAGUUGGAUGCCAAUAUUGCUGAUGUGGAUACCGACGAUGAUGUGAAUGAGGCAGAGGAGUAUGAGGCUUGGAAAGCUAGGGAGAUUGCUAGAAUUAAGAGGGAUAGAGACGACAGGGAUGCUAUGUUGAAGGAGAAAGAGGAGAUUGAGAGGGUGAGAAACAUGACGGAGGAAGAGAGGAGAGAGUGGGAGAGGAAGAAUCCAAAACCUUCGGCACAAUCCAAGCAAAAGUGGAGAUUCAUGCAGAAAUACUACCACAAGGGAGCUUUCUUUCAGACAAAUGCUGAUGAUCAUGCGGGAACAGCUGGGGCUCAUCCCAUUUACACUCGCGAUUUCUCUGAUCCCACUGGAGAAGAUAAGAUGGACAAGACUAUAUUGCCGAAAGUCAUGCAGGUUAAGCACUUUGGCCGAAGUGGGAGGACGAAAUGGACCCAUCUUGUUAAUGAGGAUACGACUGACUGGAAUACUCCGUGGACCUACAAUGAUCCUCUUCGAGCCAAGUACAAUCAAAAAAUGGCUGGAAUGAAUGCACCUAUAGCAAAACCUAAAGGGAGUAAAAAGAUGAAGGAUUGGGAGACGCAAUAAAAGCUUCUGCAAUUGUAGAUUGCAUCCUGCAUUUGGACACAAGCAAGCAGCUAAUUUGUAUGCAUGUCUUGUGCAUCCGGGAGUGACAAGAUAUCGAAGCACCGUUUUCUUCCAAGAUGAAGUCUCUGGCCAAGUGCUUCGAAGCGGACCUUUGUAUCUCGACUUCCUUUACUGGCUCCAUACUUAGGUAUUGAUUGAGUUAUAACAUUUUAGAUGCACCCUCAUUUACUGAUAUAUUUAGCAUUCGCCAUCUUCUGGAAUCUGGUGUUCGAUACGAUGAAUUGAAGGCGUAUAAUGACUUGUAAACAUGCAAGUCUUGUUCA